CGGGCCGCUCAGGUACGCACACGCGAGGCGUGGCGCUACGUGGACUUCCUGCUGCAGCUGCGUUCGGCAACUAGUCUAGAUGCACAAAUCUCUGGAGAUAAUUAAUGAAGGUCGGUCGUAGUCCUAGGACAACUCUGGCCGGCACAGUCACGUGCAGCGAACAUGUUGUCAACUGAAACAGCAUCGCCAAAUACAGAUGAUUUUGAUCUGGACCGCUCGCACGCCAACGACCUUGACGUCACCGCCGCCGGAUGCGUGCUGCGAAGGUCAAGGUCAGACGAAGUGACGACGAGCAGAGACUGGGAUGCGCUGUCCGAAACCGUGUCCAGCAUUACUUGCGUUUCCAGCAGCAUUCUGUCCGCUCCAGGACAUUCGGCGAUCACAAGCGUGGAGAACAUCUCGGACUCGUCGGACGUGCAGAUGGGCCCUAGGAACAUAUUCCACGGCAACGUGGAGGUGACCUUGAUGCUCGGGGACGCUGACACGCCAGCCAAGACCAGCCACACCGCGGCCGUGGAGGCAGUGCGCCAAGCCAUCGGUGCUCCACCACUGCAAGAGGGUGCCUCCAGCUCCAGAGCACACGGGUCCAAGGCCAAAGAGACGUCAUUGUUACCGAAGGGUGACAGUACGAGACUGCGUGUGGGGAUCUUGGUCCUGGUCUUCGCGUUCCUCGGCGUGGCCGCUGCCGUGCUGGGAGUCCUGAUGCUGCGGGACGCGGCGCCAACCCUGGAGAUGGCUUCGGAGGGAACGACCACGACGGCCGCCCUGGUUCCACCGGCGUGCCCCUUCGGCCAGUGGCGGUGCAGGGACGGCGCGUGCAUCGAGGCGUGGUGGAGGUGCAGCGGCGAGCGCAAGUGCGGCGACGGCAGCGACGACGAGGAGGCCGCGUGCAGCAGCAGUGGGUUUGCGUCGACGGGCAGAGGCUUUCCUGCACUGAGAAUGAAAGAGUCAUGA